CCUGAACUUGAAGUUGAAGCCUGAACUUGAAGAACGUGGUCUUUUCUCAGAAACCUCAGAAAGCUAAGGCGCUCUGUUGAAAUCUAGGUAGAUCUCCUUGGUCUCGAGGUCCAUCAAGUCACAAUGUUCCCCUUUCCCGGCAUGAACGGGGAGGACGCGCAGGCGCUGCGCGACAUCCUCCUCCAGGCGCAGCAUUACAUGGCCACCAACGGGCCCGACCUGAAGAAGAAACCCUCGGACGCGGACCGCGCCAAGGAGCGCAAGAAGCUGCUCAAGCGCUUCAAGACUUGGCAGCUGGUGGAGACCGGGAUGCUCGACCUGGGGCGGGGGGAGCGGUUCAAGAGCAGACUUUCGGGGCAUGACCCGUUUGAGAACUUCCACAGGGGGGGGGGCGGACCGCGGCGGAGGAGCCCUUACACAAAGGACGAGUUUGGAAUGCUUGCAGAGGCUAGAAAAAGGGCGUUGCGAGUGCAGGCGGGGGUUGCGAAGGCCGACUACAGGCUGGCGCUUGUGAAAGAGUAUGGGGCCGUGUUUGACAUUGAGGACUCGCCGCAGGAGUUUGUGCAGGCGUCCGGGACUGUGUUUGCGGAGAUCAGGGGCCCGUUCCAGGCUCAAGCAAAGAAACCGGCUAGUGAGCAAGGUUCUAGCGCGCCAAACAAUCAGCAUUCGGAAACGGCAAACCAAUCUGGACAGCCAGGUUUGGACAAUCCAAGCCAAUCUGGACAACCACAUUCGGACUUCCAGUCCGUACAGCCUGCGGAGGAAGGAAUGUGGGCCGAGCUGUCGGAAGAAGAACUAGGUGCGGCGGGAAAGCUGAAGGGCGUUCUUGACGAGCUGGUCGAGAUUGCGUGUUGCGGCCAUGCUGUGGCCGAGGCCUUCGACUACGACGACCCCCGGGGCUCGAUCUGCAAUCAUGCUGCGCGUGCGCUCACGCCGUUCCUGCCACUGUGCUCAGACGAGCAGCUGCGGAAGCUGGCGUUGUUGAUGGGGGAGUGGGACAGAGGCGAAUACGUUGUUCAUCAUGCCAAGGACAUGUUUGCCGCCUGGGACCUCCCCUCCGAAUGCCCCUGGGUUUGGGACAUGGUUCUGGAAACCACCGCCGCCAUAACCAAGGGCAAAACUGAGGAGUACUUCGGAACCUUGCGGCCGAUACUCCUCCGGAACGAACCUUGGGGGGGACCGAUGCAUGACGAGCACAUUCUGGCGUGCGCAGUUUCGUUGUGUCGGGAUGAUUUUGGCGUCGAAAGGAUCAACGACGAGUUGAGAAGGGGGAUCGGAGGCCCCGGGGGGCACCCCGGGGCGCGGAACUGGAUGAACGGGUGCCUGUUUUCGGAGCUGAAGCGGUUACAUGUGGCAGACGCGGACGAUCUGGUGAUCAAGGCGUCCAAGUUGGAGGCCUACGCCGAGUGCCUCGACGGCAACUAUCUGACGUGGCUCAAGGAGCUGGACCUCCCCGCUUCAAACGAAGAGCGCAUCGCCACCGCUAAAGCAGCAGUCAGAAAGCUCAACAUCGCUCCGGGGACCGCUCUCUUUCAAGAGAAGCUGGCCGAAAACACGCAGCAGGUGCGGCGAUGGGUGGACAGCACGGGCGGCUGGCGUCAAUCCACCCCCGAGGCGCGCGCCAAGGAGGCCCUCGCGGCUGCGCGCCGCGCCUUUUUCGGGAAGGCAGUGCGCGUUCUGCUCGCGAAGGACCCGCCGACAGCGGCUGACGUCAGAAGAGAGCUGCUUGAGUACCGGCAAAAAUGUGCAGCGCUUGAAGCUCGCGCGGUUUCGGGCGCCCGCAACGAGUCUGGAGCGUCCGGGGGAAGCACGCGGGAAGCACCCGGGGAAAGCACCCGGGAAGGCGAUGCCACGGCGGCCAAGGUGUGCGACCACUGCGGGGAGAAGGCCCGGGAGGGGAAGAAGCUCCAGCGGUGCGGCGUCUGCAGAAAGGCUAAAUAUUGUGGACGGGAAUGCCAGUCGGCUGCGUGGCGGAAGGGGCACAGGGAAGCUUGCAAGGGACAAACGUCCUAGGUUUGAUAAUCAGAUUGUGAACCAGCCCUAGUGAACUCGCUCGACUCAAAAGUAGAUAGCAUGAUUCCGCAAUUAAGUGUCAUUCGGAUGGAGCCUAGGGAAUGCGUAGAAGUGUCAGAAGUAGCAGGGACCUGAAGAAGUGUAACCCCUUGCAAAUGUGGAACAUAAAUGACCAAACAGGAUAACCUAAGUACAAACAUAUGAUAUCAUGAUUGGAUGAUUCCGGCCCCUUAUGCAUGCCCGGCUAGCUUAGUAUGUCGUAUAUGCCCGAUGAUGAAGCAGUUAUAUAGUUUUGUAAGUUAGCG